CAAAACAAGACAUCUGCUCUAUAACAUGGAUUUGAAGCCAUCGACUUCUUCUUUGUAAUAAUUGUCUCUUUUAACAAACGUUUUUUAUGUAAGAAAUUUAUGCUACAUAAAUAAUUUAAAUGAGUGAAUAUACGAAAGUAAAAGGGGGAAGAUUACGUUUCAAAAAUGAGAAAAAAAGAAAAGAGUGGUACCUGUCAUCCCUUGAAAUAGUAUAUUAUGCUUAUAAUCAUGGCUUAAACUCAGACGGUGAUCGGCUGAGCUGCUUCUUAGCAAUAAGUAAAACUGUAAUUCCAUCCGGUGCUCCAAAUAAGACAAGCAAACAUAAACCGAAACAUGAGAAGAAAAGAAAGCAUGUAGAAGAUGUUGAAGAAUUUGAUGAAGAUGCUGCAAAACAUGGUGGAUGGUGGAAUGUCAGCAUUUUUAAAGAAAUUACUGGAUCCAUUGCGAUUGAAUUCCAACCACACUGUUACGUCAAAGCAUUAGAUAGCGGCCUAUUUAUUCUUGGAGGACCACAUGUCCCAGGUAGUGGCCCUGAUCCUGAGGAAAUUUUAACAGCUGUGCCUAUUUCAGAUUCUAAAAUAGCCCUUAAAUCUGGCUAUAAUAAAUAUUUAAGAGUGGGAAUGGAUGGUCGUUUGUAUGGUAGAUCAGAUGCCAUAGGAUCCAUGGAGCAGUGGGAACCAGUUUUUCAAGAUGGAAAACUGGCUAUUCUGUCUGCCAUGAACUGUUUUAUGUCAGUUGAUGAUGAAACCAGUGAUGUCAUUGCAACUUCAAAAACAGCUGGACCAAAUGAAAUGUUGAAAAUACGAUGUAAUGCUCCAAGAGAGAAGAAUGAUAAAGAUGAUAUUCCACCUGAAGAAAAGGGUUCCAUUAAAGCAUGUGAAAUAAAUUAUGUAAAGAAAUUUCAAAGUUUUCAAGACAGAAAAUUAAGAAUUAAUUUAGAAGACAGAACAGCUGUCAAAAAGGCAAAACAAGAAGGCAAUCUUCAUGAGGUUCUACUUGAUAGGAGAGCAAAGAUGAAAUCGGAUAAAUUUUGCAAGUAAUCUGUCCUUAUUUUUUGGUUUGUGUACUAUUAAAUGAAUCUAACAUAACGUAAUGAUCUGCAAAAUGCAGUGCUUACGUAAAGUUGAAAAUGACUGUAAUAUACAUUUCUGCAUUCAAGAAAUCAGAGGAAAGAAAGAGAAUAAUAACAGAUAUCUUACUUAGAAUAUCUGAUUAUAGAAACAUGUAAAAAGGAUUUAAUAAAAAAUUUUUAUACAUAA